AUGAUGGAGAGAGGCCACCAAGUUAUGGUUUUCGUCCACUCGCGCAAAGAUACCGUAAUGACUGCCAGGAUGCUUAUGCAGCUAGCUGCGGAGGAGGGCCGAGAGGACUUAUUCAGCUGUCAUGAUCAUGAGAACUAUUCCAAUGCCCUUCGUGACAUGAAACACGCGCGUGCACGUGAGCUGCGAGACCUCUUCGCCAGCGGAUUUGGAACGCAUCAUGCAGGAAUGACUCGAAGCGACCGAAAUCUGAUGGAGCGAAUGUUCUCAGAAGGUCUAAUCAAGGUACUCUGCUGUACUGCCACCUUGGCCUGGGGUGUCAACCUUCCCGCAGCCGCGGUUGUUAUCAAAGGUACUCAGUUGUAUAACCCCCAAGAGGGUAAAUUCAUUGACCUGAGCAUUCUCGAUGUCAUGCAAAUCUUUGGUCGUGCAGGUCGCCCACAAUUCCAGGACACCGGUAUUGGAUUUAUCUGUACUACUCAUGACAAGUUGAACCACUACCUAUCUGCUGUGACUGCGCAGCAGCCCAUUGAGUCGCGCUUCUCUAGUCGACUUGUGGAUAACUUGAAUGCUGAAAUCUCGCUUGGAACCGUGACAUCAGUUCCAGAGGCUGUGCAAUGGCUUGGCUACUCGUACCUCUAUGUGCGCAUGAAACGUGAGCCGAGAAACUAUGGAAUCGAGUUUGCCGAGUUACGCGAUGACCCAAUGUUGGUUCAAAGGCGGAGGCAGUUGAUCUUACAAGCAGCGCGGGUGCUACAAAAGAGUCAGAUGAUCAUCUUCAAUGACAAGACCGAAGAUCUCAAGGCCAAGGAUGUCGGCCGCAUUGCGAGUCAAUACUACGUAUUGCAAACCAGCGUCGAGAUUUUCAACGACAUGAUGCGUCCCCGAUCUGGUGAGGCAGAUGUACUCAAGAUGAUCAGUAUGAGUGGAGAAUUCGACAACAUCCAAUCUAGGGACAGCGAGUCCAAAGAGCUUCAGCGACUGCGCGAUGAAGUCGCGCAGACUGAAGUUGCCGGAGGAAACGAUACGCCACAUGCAAAGACAAACCUCUUGUUGCAAGCCUAUAUAUCUCGCGCCAAGAUUGAAGACUUUGCUUUAGCCUCCGAUACUGGAUAUGUCGCCCAAAACGCGGCACGUAUCUGCCGUGCUCUCUUCAUGAUUGCGUUGAAUCGUCGCUGGGGCUAUCAAUGCCAGGUUCUAUUGUCUCUUUGCAAGUCCAUCGAAAAACAGAUCUGGCCCUUUGAUCACCCUUUCCGUCAGUUCGACUUGCCCCAGCCGAUUCUCCGUAACCUUGACGAAAAGCUUCCAACUACCUCCAUCGAGUCGAUGAAAGAAAUGGAGCCUGCGGAGAUUGGUCAGCUUGUUCACAACCACCGCAUGGGCAGCACAUUGUCCAAGCUGUUGGACAAUUUCCCAACUCUGAGUGUUGAGACCGAGAUUGCGCCCCUUAACCGCGACGUGCUUCGUAUUCGCCUUUCCAUCUACCCCGAGUUCACCUGGAAUGAUCGUCACCACGGAGCAUCCGAAUCCUUCUGGGUCUGGGUCGAGAACUCGGAAACAUCAGAAAUCUAUCAUCACGAGUACUUCAUCCUAAGCCGGAAGAAGCUUUACGCCGACCAUGAGCUCAACUUCACUAUUCCGCUAUCUGACCCUCUUCCCAGCCAAAUCUACAUUCGUGUGAUCUCUGAUCGAUGGCUGGCCACUUCCUAUAUCGGCUCUCAAGAAUCCCAUUCUUGA